ACGUGAUCGCGACUUGAUAUCGGACUUGUCGCGAUUCGUCGGGUGGCUUCUGUCUACAUGCAGAAUGGCGUUCAACCUAGCCGCUUUUUCGUACAUUGUAGCGUUAAUCGGCGACGCGUUUCUAAUAUUCUUCGCGAUAUUUCACGUAAUCACAUUCGAUGAAUUAAAGACUGGAUACAAAAAUCCGAUCGAUCAAUGUAAUAAUUUAAAUCCGCUCGUUCUGCCAGAAUAUAUACUGCACGUUGUGAUCAAUAUUUUAUUUCUGAUUGGCGAGCAAUACUUCUCGUUGUUCAUCAACAUCCCGCUCAUUGCCUAUCAUGUGUGGCGAUACAUGAACAGGCCUCUGAUGACAGAAUCAGGCCUGUACGAUCCUACGAGCAUAAUGAAUGCUUAUGACUUGUCCAUGUACCAUAGGGAGGGAUGGAUUAAACUAGCGUUUUAUCUUCUGUCAUUUUUUUAUUAUUUAUAUGGCUUCCGCGCAGCUAAUCUGCAAUAG